AGCAUACCCCAACGCGAGUAACAGUGCGCCCAUCUGAAAGGAAAUGCGGCCGAGUGCAGAUGGUCGCCCUCGCCCUCCCCAUGGCAUCGCCCUACCCCCGCCAGCACCACCCCCGCACCGCGCGCCGGCGGGACCGGCUCCACUCGCCGCGCCGCAGCUCCGCGCCGCUCUCAGUGUUGACCCGGGCGCCGACGGGAGCAGACACGACCAAGUGAACCCCACCGGAGCGGAGCGCCAGCGCCCUCCCCCUCGAGCACGACCUUGUUGCCGCGAGCCGAGACACGACACAGCACGACUCACGCGCGGGAGGCCUGGCCGGGCGCGCCGCACGCGACCACACCGCGCUCAUCGCGCUGCCCCACGCCAUGGAGGGCGUCAUCGUCGCCGUGGCGCCGCCGUCUGCAUUGUCCUAGGACCGUCGUCGGCGCCAGGAUGGAUGCGAGCGGCUUCCUGCUCGCCGGCGUCCUCUGCCUUCUCAUCACACCAGGGGACGCGCUGUUGGCGGGGCCGUCCUUCCAGCUGGAGCCGCCCGCGCGCGUGGACUUCGCCAACGACACCGGCGCCAUGGUGGACUGCGUGGCGGUCGGGUCUCCGCCGCCCGCCGUCUCCUGGCUGUCGGAGGGCAAGCCCGUGGCGGACGUCCCCGGCGCGCUCUCCGUCCUGCACAACGGCAGCCUCCACUUCCUGCCCUUCCGCGCGAGCGGCUACCGCCACGACGUGCACGCCGCCACCUACCGCUGCGUCGCCGGCAACCUGGUCGGCCGCAUCACCAGCAGAGACGUCCGCGUGCACGCAGUGGUGCUGCAGGACUACGUGGUGCAGGUCUUCUACAACAAGAACGUGGUGCGCGGCAACACGGCCAUCCUCAAGUGCACCAUCCCCAGCUUUGUCCGCGACUACAUCACGGUCAUCUCCUGGCUCAAGGACGACUCCUUCAACAUAUACCCGUCCCCUAAAGGAGAGGGCAAGUACCACAUGCUCAUCACGGGCGAGCUGCUCAUCCGGGACGUGGAGGAGCCCGACAAGUACAACAGCUACCAGUGCCGCGCCGUCAACAGGCUGACCGGCGCCACCCUCCUGAGCGCGGGCAAGGCCAGGCUCAGCGUCACCGAGGCGCGCGCGCCCAUCCCGCCGCGGCCGCUCGAGAAGGUGGUGACGGUGCACGGCGGCAAGGACCGCACCGUGGUGCUGCCGUGCUUCGCGGAGGGCAACCCGCCGCCUACCGCCAGCUGGUUCCGGCUGGAGCGGCAGCAGCUGCGGCCGCACCUGGAGGCGCCCGACGAGCGCGUGUUCGCGGUGGGCGAGGUGCUGGUGGUGCAGCACGCCGAGGAGCAGGACGCGGGCCACUGGGUGUGCCUGCUCAACAGCACGGCGGGCGGCGAGCGCGUCGACGUGACGCUGCAGCUGUCGGCGCCGCUGUCCGUGUCGCUGCAGCCGCACGCCCAGGUCACCGUGGACGUAGGCGCGCGAACCGAGCUGCGCUGCGCCGUGUCGGGCGGGUCGCAGGGCGCGCCGCCGUCGCGCGCUUGGUAUAAGGACGGCCACCCGCUCGCCGGCGCCUCGCACGCCACCCUCGUCCUGGACAACGUGCAGCGUGAGGACGCGGGCAUGUACCAGUGCGUGGCGCGCGCCGACAACGACGACUCGGCGCAGGCCGCCACGCAGCUGCUGCUCGGGGCCGCGCGGCCCCAGCUGCUCUACAAGUUCAUCAGGCAGACGCUGGCGCCCGGGCCUCACGUGUCCCUCAAGUGCAUCGCGACGGGCAACCCGACGCCGCACAUCUCGUGGAACCUGGACGGCUUCCCGCUGCCGCAGAGCGACCGCUUCGUCAUCGGCCAGUACAUGACGCUGCACGGGGACGUCAUCAGCCACGUCAACAUCAGCAACGUGCAGGUCGAGGACGGCGGCAUCUACCAGUGCGUGGCCUCGAACCGCGUCGGCGACGCGCGCCACUCGGCCGACAUGAGGGUCUACGGCCCGCCGCAUGUGAGGCCGAUGCCCAACAUCUCGGCCGUGGCCGGGGAACCGCUGUACAUCGCUUGCCCUGCGGCCGGCUACCCCAUCGAGACCAUCACCUGGGAGAAAGACGGCCGGGUGCUGCCGCUGAACCGGCGCCAGCACGUGUUCCCCAACGGCACGCUGCACCUGGAGAACGUCCAGCGUGACUCGGAGAGCGGGCUCUACCGCUGCACAGCCAGCAACAAGCAGGGCCGCUCCUCGACGCAGGGCCUCGAGCUCGCCGUCAUCGUCCCGCCCAAGAUCACCCCGUUCGCGUUCCAAACGGACCUCCACGUCGGCGAGCGCGCCGGCGUCCAGUGCUUCGCCAGCAAGGGCGACCUGCCGCUGCGCCUGGAGUGGCGCUGGGAGCCGCUGGCCGUGGCGGCCGGGGCGGCCCCCUCCGCCGCCGGCGCCGCGGUGCCGCUGCUGCCCGACGUGGCCGUGCGCACCCAGGGCGAGCACGUGAGCUCGCUGGGCAUCGAGUCGCUGCGGCCGGAGCACGCCGGCACGUACAUCUGCACGGCGAGCAACGCGGCGGCCAGGGUGGACCACGCAUCGCAGCUCAUAGUCAACGUGCCGCCGCGGUGGGCGUCUGAACCUCGUGACCAGAACGUGACCCGGGACCAGUCCGUGGCCUUCCACUGUCGCGCCGACGGCUUCCCUCAGCCUGUGGUCACCUGGAGAAAGAUUAUAGGCACUCAGCCCAGCGAGUACCAGGACCUCGCUGUGUCGGUGCCGGGGAUGUCCGGGCGCCACCGCGGGGUGCAGGUCUUCUCCAACGGCACCCUCCUCAUGAAGCAGGCCCUCCCCGACCUGCAGGGCCAGUACAUGUGCGAGGCCUCCAACAACAUCGGCGCCGGCGUGUCUGCCGUCGUCAACCUCAAAGUGCACAUUCCGCCCGAGUUCGAAGUCAAGUCGGCGCAGGUGUCCGUGCGGCGUGGUGCCCCCCAGACGCUGAGCUGCCAGGUGCUGGGCGACGGGCCGAUGACGGUGUCGUGGCAGCGCGACGGGCGCGACAGCGGGCGCGACGUGGUGCACACCAACCCGCGCUUCGAGGUGAAGGAGAGCGAGGUGAAGGGCGGCUUCCUCUCCGAGCUGCACAUCUCCUCCACGGCCAAGUCGGACAGCGGCCCGUUCUUGUGCGUCGCCACGAACCCCUUCGGGCGGGCCGAGCGCGUCGUGCACCUGCAGGUGCAAGACGCCCCCGGACGGCCGCAGGACGUUCGCGUGCUGGAGGCGGGCAGCCGGCAGGUGAAGCUGACGUGGCUCGCGCCCCAGGACGACCGCGCGGCCGCGGGCUCCUACAGCCCGGCGCUGCAGUACUCGGUGCAGGUGCAGCUCCAGGGCGACGAGGGGGACGCGUGGCGGCCGCGGCCGGCCGUGGCGGAGCAGCGCGCCCUGGUGAUGGACUUGUCCCCCGCCACCGUCUACCGGCUUCGCGUCGUGGCGGAGAACGAGCUGGGCGCCGGCGAGCCCAGCGACGCCGUCACCGUGCGCACGGACAGCGAGGCGCCGGCCGGCGAGCCCCAGGGGCUGGCCGUCACCGCCGUGGCCUCGGACUCGCUCUCCGUCUCGUGGGGGGCGCCCCCGAGGCAGCUGUGGCACGGCGAGAUCCUGGGCUACUACGUCGGCUACCGGGAGCACGGGUCCAAUCGCCCCGGAGGACAGGGGCACAACUUCUCGACGGUGGCUGCGCGUCCGGACGGCUCGGGGUCGGCGCUCCUAACAGGGCUGAAGAAGUACAGGAAGUACGGUGUCGUGGUGCAGGCCUUCAACGAAAAGGGUCCGGGCCCCAUGUCGCAAGAGGAGGUGGCGCAGACCCUCGAGGACGUGCCCGGCGCGCCCCCGCAGGACAUCCGCUGCAAGGCGCACGGCCCCCAGAGCCUGUCCGUCGAGUGGCAGGCGCCGCCCGUGCUGCAGCAGCACGGCGCGCUCCAGGGCUACCGCGUCUACUACGAGAACGUGGAGGAGUGGCCGCCCGGGACCAUCGAGGCCGACACCAAGGUGGUGGCCGACACGCGCGCCGAGCUGCACGGCCUUCAGCGCUUCUCCAACUACAGCGUCCGCGUGUGGGCCUUCACCAGGGUGGGCGACGGCGUGCGCUCCAAGCCCAUCUACUGCGUCACCGAGGAGGACGUGCCGGACGCCCCUGCCGACAUCAAGGUGGUGGCCAGCUCGUCGUCCUCGCUGGUCGUGUCGUGGCUGCCUCCGACGCGGCCUCACGGCAGGCUCACGGGCUACACGGUGUACCACCGCGCCCUGGACGCGCCUGGUGGCCGCGAGCAGGACUCGGCCAAGCACCGCCUGCCGCCGGCCGCCACGUCGUACGAGGCCGUCAACCUGAGCAAGGGCGUGGCCUACGAGUUCUGGGCCACCGCGUCCACGCGCGUGGGCGAGGGCCACAGCACCUCGGUGGCCUACGCCAACGUGUCGCCCACGGUCCCGGCCGCCGUCGUGUCGUUUGGGCAGCGCCUGACGGUGCGGCGGCGCGGCGCCGUGUCGCUGCCGUGCGCCGUGGUGGGCGUGCCGACGCCCCGGCGGUCCUGGUCCCGGGCCGACGGCGCGCCGACCGUGGGCGACGCCGUGACGGUGGCGCCCGACGGCACGUUGCGCCUGCUGGACGCGCAGCGGCAGCACUCCGCCAACUACACGUGCACGGCGGCCAACGCCAACGGCUCGGACCAGAUCGUCUACCAGGUGCAGGUGCAAGUGCCGCCCGGCGCCCCCUCGGUGCGCGUGGCCUCCACGUCGUCCUCGUCCGUGCAGCUGCAGUGGGCCGUGAGCGACACGGGCGGCUCGGCCAUCCGCGGCUACCUGCUCAACUACCGGCGCGAGGAGGGCGAGUGGGAGGAGCGCACGCUGGCGGCCGACUCCACCAGCUACCGCCUCACCGGCCUGGACUGCGGCUCGCAGUACCAGCUGCAGAUGAUGGCCGUGAACGCGGUGGGCUCCGGGCCGGCGUCCACGCCCCUGGUGGCGCGCACUGACGGCGGCCCGCCAGGCAGACCCGCGCCGGACGACUUCGUGGAGCCGAACGCCAACGGCGUGACCCUGCGGCUCGGGGCGUGGGUCGACAACGGCUGCCCCAUCUUGUCGUUCUCCGUGCAGUACCGGGAGAAGGGCCGCGAGGAGUGGCUGACGGCCGCCAGCAGCGUGAGCGGUGUGGGCGGCCAUGAGGGCGGCCACGGCCUCGACACCUUCCCGCUGACGGGGCUCUGGUCCGGCUACGUCUACCAGGUGCGCGUCGGGGCGCGCAGCGAGGCCGGCGUCACCCAGGCCGAGUACGAGGUGGCCGCCGCCUCCGCGGCCGGCAACGACGUGACCGUGGGCCUCGGCGGCCCGGACUCUGUUCGUGAGGGCGAGGGCGCCCUGGGCGCCAGCGGCGUGGGCGGCGCGGGGGCGCUGCUCCUGUCCCAGACCAUGUACCUCGUGUACGUCACCUCGCUUUCGCUGGCGGGUGGCGUCGCCCUGGCGCUCCUAGUCAUCUGCAUACGACGACGUGGCCUCCGCCGGCGGCAGGACGGCGGGCGCGGUGAGGGCGGCCGUGGCCGCGGCGCCCCGGGCGACGGCACCAUGGCCAUGGACAACAAGCACAACCUGGCGCAGCGCGAGCAGUUCUACGCCGCCGUGCAGAAGGGCGGCCAGGAGCGCAUCCCGGAGUACGCCGAGGACAUCUCUCCCUACGCCACCUUCCACGUGGCCACGCACGUGCCGAGCCACGUGAGCAGCCACCUGUACCACGAGGAGCGGCUGGCCGCCAUGGAGACGCUGCAGCUCAAGAGCGGCAACCCCAUGAAGGACGAACUGGGCAAGAUGAGAGUCAAUUUGAAGAACAUGAAGAGCGCGCGUUCCGAGGGGGACUACUCCAGCUCCACGGACCAGUGGUCGGAGAUCGGGCCAUGCCGGCCGGACCGCAUACCCAUGCAGACGCUGCUGUACGGCGGUCAGGGCACCGAGUCCAGCACGUCCCCGGAGCAGUCCCCGGUCCCGGAGCGGAGGUCGCGCCACCACGCGGCGCACCACGCGGCGCACCACGCGACCCCCGGCCGGCACCGCGGCCAGCACGGCGGCGGCCACGGGCCCCCCGCGCCGCACGGGGCCCCGCCGCAGCCGCACCACGGCAGGCGGCCGUCGGGGGAAGGCCUCGGCCGCAUCCCGUUCGGCGCGCGUCUCGACCCGCCCAGCGGCUUCACGGACGGCCACGCUCUCGGCCACGAGGUGAGCGAGGCCGAGUGCGACAUGGACACCCUGCACCGGCUCAAGGGCAGGCAGGCCGGGGCCGCGGCCGCGGCCGCCAAGCCCAGGGCCAAGCGGCUGGGCGGCGCGGGCAGCAACCACUUCACCAUCGCCGUGUGACACGCGCCUGGAGGCCCGCCCGGAGGCGCGCCCUGAACACCGUCCCCACUCCAGGAGAGGCCUUACCGGGCCGUGCCUUCCGCUUACGUGCCUUUACCGGACAGGCCACGACGGGCUCAAACCGCCGUGUUUGAGAAUGUGGUAUCGUCUGUCCAACUGAUGUGAUCCCCUCCCCCACUGCAGUGGUAUGCUUAGUGAAUGAGACUUGCAUGACUAUGAUGUCAAUAAUUUGCAUCUCAAUUUGUAUCUAGGUAAUCAUUUGAUGAGUUCUCACUGUCUUAACCAAAUUUUAAAUAAAGAAAUAAACGAAUUAAGACACUAACUGUUCAGUGUCGUGUGAUGUUAUCAAGUUAUCGCUCAACAGCACUGCAACUUUAAAGCCAUGAAGGAAGAUGUGAUUAAUUGGGUUGUCUGAGAACUGAUAAUGUUAAUGAGAGAACACAAAUGAUCAAAGACUGUUCCACGUUAAUAAUAUCAGACACUGCCAGAAGUAGUCUCUUUGGUAUAAAAUUGUCAAUACUUACUUGCUCAAUGCUGCACUGCCACAUUUGAACUUGAAACUGCAUCAACUCAUAAUGACUGAGAUUCGUGAGGAAAAUUGCUGACUUAUUUUACUGGUCAAAAAUUAGGAUUGUAGUGAGUUUCCUUUUGCAGCAGCCACUAGGUCAAGAAUUUAUCAACUUUAGUUAUGUUUGAAAAUAUCUAUUUCUAAUGGUUAUGUCACACAGUGCCAAUGACAUUGUAAAACCGGUAAAAUGUAAAUAGAAAAUAAAUUAUUUGUUAUUUUUAUAAUAAACAUGAAUGGAGCAAAAAUUAAGAA